AGCUAGGGGAGCACGCUGCCGCCUGAGAAAGUUGGAGGAGAAGAAGGAGUAGGGAGAGGAGGAGAAGGAGAAGGUCUGCGCAGCGAUGUAGCCCAGAACGUGGAACGACAGCCCGUGGAAGGCAGUUCAGCUCCUACCGCCCUGAUCCUGGAGCAUGGGCUAAAAACUAUGUUCGUCUCCCGUAUGGAAAAUCAUUGUUUCCUGCUGUUUGUGUUUGUCUUCCAAGCAAUAUUUAUCCUGAUCCUCUACCGAGGUGGACCUUCGGUUGUGUUUCGCGGGUUUUUAGAGUCGCCUCAGGUGGUGGAUUACUCUAAACCCCAUGACGUGUAUACAAACCUCAGCUUGUUCACCCGGGCUCCCAGUGAGGACGCGAUGCCCUACUGCUCAGCGCAGUCCCCAGUCCUGGUUGGUCCAUUAUUCAUCACCUUCAGGAGGCUCCCUAGUGAAAGGAUGAUCAUGGAAAGAAAUCCUUUCGUUCAGUCUGGUGGCCACUACAGGCCACCUCACUGCUUUGCCCGCUACAAAUCCGCCAUCCUUGUGGCCUACAGGAACCAGGAGAAGUAUCUUCGUCAUCUUCUCUACUAUAUCCAUCCUUUCCUGCAGCGCCAGCAGCUCAGUUACACUAUCUACCUGAUUCAGCAGGUGGGGACUGGCUCUUUUAACCGAGCAAAGCUGCUUAAUGUUGGUGUCCAGGAAGCCAUGAAGGAUGAAGAGUGGGACUGCCUAGUCUUGCAUGAUAUUGACCUGGUGCCUGAGAAUGAUUAUAACCUGUACAUUUGUGAUGAAUAUUAUCCCAAACACAUGGCCAGUGCCAUGGAUAAGUUUCAGUACGUUCUGCCAUACAAGUCCUUUUUUGGGGGCGUCUCUGCUCUGACUCCAGAACAUUACAUGAAGAUGAAUGGGUUUCCCAACACGUACUGGGGUGAUGGUGGUGAAGAUGACGACAUUGCUACAAGGAUUCAUUUAGCAGGAAUGAAAAUAGUCCGGACAUCACCUCACCUUGGACGCUACCGAGUGAUAAACUACAGUGAAGAGACAGAGAUCCAAGAGCCUUGGAGGAGGCCUCCUUCCCGACACAACACCAGAAAAACAUGGAAAGCUGAUGGAAUGAAUACAUUACAGUUCAGGCUCCUUUCCAGGACUAAGCAUCCUCUUUAUACCAAGAUCACUGUGGACAUUGGAUAUGUUCCCCCAUUUUCCUAA